UUCCUUUUAAUCUGCAUUUUCGCAAUUACUGUUUCCGUUUGACUCUUAAGCCACGCCACUGUUCUAAAGUUUUGCAAAUUCUUUUUGGAAUCAGAGGUUGUCAAAUUUGGGUGUUCGAUAUGAAUUCAGAAAGCGGGGUUUCGCCUAAGAUGGAAUUGGAAUCUGGAGUUUUGAAUUCAAAUAUCAGUAGUGAAAAUCUUAGAGCUGAUAAAAUUAAUAAAAUUGAUUUGAAGAAGAUGGAUGCCAUGCUAGAAAAACACUUGAACAGGCUUUUUUCCAAAAGCGUUGCAGCAAAAAGGCCAAAAGAAGCAUGGGAUGUUGAUACAGCCAAAUUGGAUAUACUUUAUUCUGUAGCUAAAGAGACUUAUGGUACUGUCUACAGGGGUACUUAUGAUGGCCAAGAUGUUGCAGUGAAAGUCUUGGACUGGGGUGAAGAUGGUGUUACCCCUGCGGUUAAAAUUGCCUCUUUAAGGUCAUCAUUUUGGCAGGAAGUCACCGUAUGGCAAAAGCUUGAUCAUCCAAAUGUCACAAAAUUUAUUGGAGCUUCAUUGGACACUUCAAAUAUUCCUUUACCAACCAGUUAUCCAAAUUCUAUUCCUUCCAAGACGUGUUGUAUAGUUGCCGAGUUUCUUCCUGGCGGAACAUUGAAACAGUACUUGUCCAGAAAUAGGCAGAACAAACUUCCAUACGAGGUUGUGAUUAAGCUGGCUUUGGACCUUUCUAGAGGUCUUUCUUAUCUACAUUCAAAGAAAAUUGUUCACCGGGACAUAAAACCAGAUAAUAUUUUAUUGGAUGCUAAUAAAAAUUUAAAAAUAGCUGAUUUUGGAGUUGCUCGUAUUGAAGCUAUCGACCAAAGUGAGAUGACAGGUGAAACCGGAACCUAUGGAUAUAUGGCACCAGAGGUUGUAAAUGGCAAGCCUUAUAACAGGAAAUGUGAUGUCUACAGUUUUGGUAUUUGCCUAUCCGAAAUCUAUAGCUGUAAUAUGCCGUUUUCUAAGCUCAGCCUUGCUACUGUGUCAUGUGCCCUUAUUAAUAAGCAUUUACGACCUAAUAUUCCAAGAAAUUGUCCAAGUGCCUUAGCAAACAUCAUACGGAAAUGCUGGGAUCCAAAACCAGAGAGGCGACCAGAAAUGCAUGAGGUGGUGACAAUGUUGGAAGCAAUUGACACAAGCAAAGGAAGUAGAAUGAUAAGAAAAGAUAAAAAUCCACUUUCUUUGUGUUUUUUACCUUCUGGUCGUUCUUAG